UAUACUUUCAGGUGUAUCAAUGCUGUGACGUCUUGUACUAAAUUAUGUGGGUGGAUGUAAAAUUUGGAUGAUUAAACAGUUUUAUAAUAUUUUGGGUGGAUAAAGAGCAACACACUAUGAACACUGUAAUUAAGAAAAUUGGAGAUGAGAGUUCCUCCUCCACAACUUACUCGUAUGUGAAGAGUGAAUUAGGCGAUCUAUCUUUAAAUAUGAUUGACCAAGGUUCGCGGAUAGAUCGUCUUUGUCUUGAAAAAUAUAUUCCUCUCCGAGAACAAAAGCUACUGCAGAGACUGGUACGAACAAGAGCAGUACACGAUGAUAUUAGAGCGCAAAUAAUAUCUGAUAGUACUGUCAGUCAGAGCACGAAGAAUGAUGACAGUUCUGGACGUGCAAUAUUUGUUAGAAAUUUAGAUGACUCGGAAAUAAGUAGCGCUUUAUUAGGAAUCGUCAAUAUGGUGGAUAGAGGUACAAUUGGAACGAAAAAGCUGCAUCAUUGUUGCAGCUGCUGUAGUUGUUCUUCUAAAAUAAGCAUUCAUGAACUGUAUUUUAAGAGGAAAAGACUUAAACGGCCCUAUACUUGUGGAAACAAGAGUAAAGCAAGAGGAAAGCGACGAUAUAACAAACAACAGGCAUUGCGGUUAAAGACAAAACUCAUAAGGUCAGAUCCUUGUACUUGCACAUUUAAAUUAUUUAAAAAACACUCAAAACACAUAAAAAAUGUGCACCUCAGACCUCCAUCACUUUUUGAUUUACAGCCUACGACUGACGAAGAAGUUAAACAAAAACGUAGAAAAAUUAAUGACAUGGUAGGAACGCCGAAUCAUAACUUAAAACAAUUAAAUGUACGCAUCAAAGAUAAAAUAUCAAAAGAAAUUACUAAAGUCAAACAGUCUCAGACACUACUGCAAGAACUACCAACAAAAAUAUCAUCAGGCGGAUACAACCAGCCAAAGGAUAAAGAAGUAUCAUCAAAUAUAAGAAGAGGAGUAAAAGAAAAGAUUGUAAAAAAAGAUUCGCAAGCUAUAGCUAUGGAUCAUGAGAUUUCGUUUCUAGAUAAAAAUGAUUCUUUUAAAAAAUUUAAGACAGAUGGAAGGCAAAAUCAAACUAUAGAAGACUGCAAAUGGGAUUCAGAGCAAGAAUGUGUUGAAGAUGAUAGUUUUUCUGAAAAAUGCAUUUUUAAAUUGAAACAUGGAAGAUAUUUUAACAAUGAUGUUCAUAAAGGCAAUAAUUAUAAAAUAAAAACACAAGGGCGAAAAGCUGGUGAGUCAUUGCGUCUAAUAAAUCAGAAAAAUCAAGCACUGAAGUUAACAAAGGGAAAAAUUAUUAAAACAAAAAAACCUGUGUUGUUGAACAAACAAACACGAGAAAUAAAUAAUAAAAGUAUUACCAAAUAUUUAAAAAAUAAAAAGAUACAAACUUUAAUUAUUAGUGAUAGCAAAACAAAAGAAAUAAGUCUUAAACAUAUUCAAUCUGAUAAAAAAUUAUCAGGUCUAAAAAUGCUAACAGAUGCCAAUUUAGGGUCAUAUCAAUAUUCAAGUGUUAAAUAUAGUCACAAACAGCCGCUUCCAAAUAAAAAAAAUAAAAAACAUUUGCAACGACAAUGCUCCAAAAUGAGAUUUGUAAAAUUAUUGAAUAACACAAAAACUCGUCGUCAGGUAUUGAAGUGUUACUAUUGUGCCUUGAAACUAAGAGUUCAAUCAUUCAACACUAAAAAAAAGGGCCAAGGAACAAAAAAGUUCGUAAUGAUAAAAAAAUCAGCUUCAAAGGUAAAUUUACAUGACACUGAUCAUAAACGAAUAGAAGACAAAAACAUGCGUACGAAAUCAAACUAUUUGUGCCAGUGUGCUCCGCAUCAAUAUAUUCAAUCAAUCAAUGCGCGGAAGGCUAAUGAUAUUGACCCUAAUUUUCAAGUACUAAAAACCAAAUCUACCUUGGGCUUUAUAUCUCAUAAUGAGUUUGAUAAAGAUAGAGACGCUUAUGGAGACCAACAUAUAAAAAAACCUUCAAAUAUAAAAAGCUUAACAACAACGAAACAAAAAUCAUAUCAAAAACUAAAGCUGGGUACUGAAAUGCAAAUGAUUAAGAAAAGCCAAUUCUCGCGUAUUGGAUUUUCACUUAAAAGAAGUUGUGAUACACUAAAAUUACAAAUUAAGGAAAUUAUGAAAAACUGUAGAAAGAAAUUAGUAGGAAGUACAAAAGUUGAUUUAAAUACACGUCGCUCAAAAUCAGAAUUAACAUCUAGUGCAACAUAUCCAGAAAAAAUCAAGUCUAUGUUAGUUCAAUAUAAAUUGAAAGAUAAAGAAAAAGAAAUGUUGACCAACACUCAAGACCCAGAGAGAUCUAUUGAAAAUGAAUUUAUACCUUCAUCUCCGUCCAUAAUAAAAUCAGAAAAAGCUAAAAUAGGUUCUACGUUCAAUUUUAAUAUUGAGAUAAAUAAAGGUAAAUUAUCUACUAAAGAAAAUAAGCUGAUGUACCCUACGAAAAAAAGAAUAAAUUAUAACAAAAAAAUCAAGGGAUUGAAUAUGAAUAAACUAAAUGUUGGCCAAGCAGAAACACAAGUUCAAGGUGCAUGGACACAUCAAGGUUAUAUUACAAAUUCUUUAUUAAAAAAAUGUAUUUACUCAUUAAAUUCACAAGAAAAGAAAGAAACGUCUGUAAGUGCAACACAAAGAAGCAAAAAAAAAAUAUUUCAAACUCGUAGAGUUUAUACGGUAGCCAGGGUAAUGAUAAAAGAUAAACGUAACUCAAUAAAAUCUGGCAAUGAUUAUCAAUUCCAGCCAAGCGGUAGAGCUAGGCCCCACAGACAGACUUUUAAAAAUAAUCAAAAGCAAGCAGUUCGUAUAGGCUCCAGCUUCAGUUUGGACGUAAAAUUCUCAAAGAAUUUAUCAACUCCGAAAAAUAAAGGUUCAUCGAAAUAUUCUUCACAUGUAAAUCAUUUUCAAAAACCUGUAAAAAGGUUUUCCAAAUCGAAUAAAGCGCAAUCCGCUUUUGUUAAAACUUUGGAAACGGGAUCUGUUACGAAGACAAACUUGGAACGAUGUUUUUGUACCUUGAAAUUACAGAAAAGAGGAAGAUUCCAUAAACAACUACAAAACCAACAAACAGACAGCCCACCAUAUUUUAAUGACAACAUUUAUGUGAGCCGAGGACAAAAUACAAAAAAGGUUAAGCCUCCUAAAUUACCAUACGAUGUUAAACCUUAUGAAUGUGUUCCUAAUAUAUGUAUUCCGGGUCAAUGCGAUCCUUAUCAAUGUUUAAAGAUAAUGAAAAACAUGGGGUAUUAUGAAGUUGGAACAAGUACCCAACAAAACUACAUAACAAAAUCUACAUCAAGCUUGGCAAGAAAUAAUCAGGGGAAGUAUAUACACAGAAGUCAGGGUGUAAGUUUUAAACCCAAACAAUACAAUAACCCAUUACCAAACCAAAAAUCCAAACGUAAAGCAGUUCGCAUAGAAUCAAAUUUCAGUUUUAAUGUAGAAUUUCGUAAAGAUCAUCAACCGCCCUCACAUUUCGAUGAACAACGAGAGUCCGAAAUAAUGAAUAUAGAAUCGAGAGAUAAUGAAUAUGUUGAACCAUUUCCUCAUUUAAAAAAACAAGAAAGGAAUAAAUCAGAAAGAAGUGCAUUCAUUACAAAAUGUAUGUGUUUUUUUAAAAAACAGAAACGUAACGCAGCAUAUAAUACUAAUAUGAGUACUCGUACAGUACAAACUCAGUGCAAACCAGGUAUAUGUGUAGCUGGUCAAUGUGAUUCAUAUAUUUGUAGUCAAAUUAUGAGCAAAUACAGAAAAAAGAACUUUAAAAUGUCUACUGCUGAUCACGCUAGAUCUAAGACACAGUCUGUUUAUGUCAGACCUCAUAAUAUUGAAAAGAAAAAUGUCAAAACCCUAAUAAAAGAGCCCGAUAAAGUUAACUUUAAGCAGCCAAAUUUUAACGAGAGUGCCCGCAUGGAGGAGGAGGAGGAAGAGGCAAAUACAAAUACUUAUCCAAGCCAUAAUGAAAAUGCUGUAAGAAUAAGUUCUCAAUUUAAAUUUGAUAUUGAAUUUUAUAAAAAUCACCCUGCACCAAACUAUAAUAGCCAAAAACCAAACAAAGCAAUAUGGGACACACACAAUCACAAAAGAAUAGUAAAAACAAAAGGAAUACAAGACACCGGUUAUAAAAGAGUAGCAAAAACAAAUACAAAUACUACAUUAUCACCUUUGUUUGUUCACCAAUCAUCACAAGUUAAAAAAAAGGGCAAAAAAUCGUACGCACAUGAUCACAUUGGGUUAGACAAAAGUCCCGCGAAAUUAAAAAUACAAUCUGGCCAAUUGCAUGAAUUUGAAUGUGAACCAUUUUCGUGCGUACCAGGGGAAUGUGAUCCAUAUGAAUGUCUUAAAAGAAUUAAAAUGAGGAAAAAGAAUUUUAAAACACAAGACACUAUUACUCGCUUUCAACCUCGAUGUACUCGUAAUAAAGGAGUUUGUGUAUUGAAAAACAACUUAGAUUAUCAAACGAAUCAAACUAAUUUUAUUGAUACAGACACUCACGGUAAUAACGGUGUCUCUAAUAUCGUCGAAGUACCUAGAUUUAGAGGUAUUCAAGAUAAUAUAAGAGCUGUUAGAAUUAGUUCUAAUGUUAGUUUCAGUAUUGAAUUUAACAAGAAAGAAAUUCAACCACAAUCUACUACGAAUAUACAAGAUUUUGAUGAAACAAUGAAGCGAAAUAGACUUCAUGAUAGUAGUGCAAAUGUUUAUAAAACCCAUUUAGAUCGUGAAACUAAUGCACAUAAAAAAUCACGGAAAAAACCAUUAAAAAGAUGUUUUUGUUGUUUAGACCUUAAAAAUAAUUAUAUGAGCCCAAAGGUGCCAUUUCAUCAAACUAUUAAAGUAGGAAGAGUAUCUGUGCAACACAAUCCUAAAGCGAUAUCGAAGAAUUUUUAUUAUGUUAGACCACAACCGCUUACUGCAAAACUAAAUAAAAAAAAUAUUAAAAAAAAUACCUGUUUAAAUUCACGUAAUAAUUGCCUCCGUCUAGAUAGCGAAGCUAUAUUUUCUAAUGACAUAAAGACUAUUGCACCUUAUUUGGCCGAAAAACAAAAUGGAACUAGUAAUACAGCAAUAUUUUCUCCACAUAGUGAGUUUCUUAAAAAUAAAAGGACAUUGGUAAAAAGUGGUAAACGGCUAACUCGUAAAAGAUCUAAUAUUUCUUUGAAUGACAUGACCACUAAAAUAACUAAUAAAAGAAAAAGUAUCAAACAACUUAUUCGAUGUUGUACGCAAAUAUUGCAUAAGAAUAAUAACAAAAAUGAUGAAUUGAUAUUUUCUAAGAAUGAAAAUCCAACUAAACUUAGUCAAUAUUCGUCUAAACCGAAAAUGUACGAAAAGACGUUUUAUACAAAUCCUAUAGUUAAUUUAUUACAUCAAAGUGUAUAUAUGAAACACGAGUCUAAAGCGAGAAGUGUUAAACUAAAUACGGCAAAAGGAAAAAAUGUGUGUGUGUGUAUUAAACCGACAUAUUUGGGAACGGAUUUGAAUAAUAAUUUUAACAUUAAUAAGAGAACGAGAGAUCUAGCUAAACUAAAAACUAUGAAAGACCGAGCGAACAGAAACAAAAAGCAGCCGUUUCCUACAAAAGUUGGCUUUUUAAAAACUGCAAACCCUACAACUACAAUAGAUUUUAUGAGAGAGAAAAAUAAUAUUUAUACGUUUGCAAACUCUAAUGAAAAGCCAGUAAAGUCGAACCAAAGAUCAAAGCCUGGGAAAGUUAAACUAAAUAAAGAGGAGUUGAAUAAAGCAGCGGGUGAUCAAUAUUCAAAUAAAAAAAAUCAAAAAACAGAAGUGUGCGGUGUCCUAAAGGAUAAAAAGCCAUUAUUUGAAAUGCAAUUAGAUUCAGGUAGUUAUGAUAUUUUAAAUAAAGAUCAAGUUAUCGAUAAUGUUAUACAUUCAAAUACAAAAUGUAAGAAAAAGCCUUUAAUUGAAGUUCAGCUAGACUCGAAAAAGUUUCAUAUAUUAAAUAAAGAAGAAGUUUUUGAUAAUAUUAUCAAAUCAAACUCAAAGAAAGGUGGCUUUAUUGGAUCAUUACUGGAAGCUGUUGGUAUUAAUCAUAAAAAGUCAUGUAAGUGUCAACAUUGUGGUUGUGCUUCUCGCAAUAUUGGUGAAACAGCGAAAGGUAAAAGGUAUCAUUCUUUAAAAUCAGAGGGUAGAGGUGCGUCUAUGAAACAAGAACCAAAAAGUUCUAAACUUAAACACAAGAAAAGGAAGUCGACGAAAAUUAAUGUCGUCGGAGAAGAUCCCUGUAAUUUCUACAUGUCGUCCCUGAGAAAUCAGCCUUUUCCAUCUGUUUAUAGAAAGUUCCCAUCGUUUUACCCACAUUUCUUGUCUCUGCUCCACGCUUGGAAGCAGCUCACGGAGAUUUUGAUGUUCAUACUUGCAGCCGUCGUGUGGAGUCCUUGUAUAUUGUGUAUGGAGUUAUGUCGCGCUUGUAUGUGUUGCUUUUUGUGCACCGGCUGAAGCCGGCUUGUCGACAAUAAAAAUUUUUGUUUUAUAUUUGACUUUCAUAUUACCCGAUUCAAAUUCAAAUUAUAGAUCUUUAAAUGCAUUUUGUAAAAUAGUAGUAAAGAUAUUAGCCGUGUUCUUACUUUUUGAUCAUGAUCA